AAUAAGAUCUAGCUUUGAGCAAAAAUGGCUAAUGGGUGGGAUUCAUACUUCCAUAAUCCUCCACCUUUAGCAUCAGAUGCAACCACUUUGAGGAGGACAGAGUCUGAAAGAAGUCCUUCAGAGGCUAUAGAAAACUUCCUUGGACACCAUGACUUCUCUAGAACAGUGGCUUUACAUGAAGCCCCUGCAACAAACUCGAACUUCAACACAAACUGUUACUCAAAUUCUGGUUCAGACUGUGUUUUUCAAAGAUGCUACAAAGAACCUCAGUGGAAAGCUGAUGUCGGACAAAUGGAGAAAGAUUACUUGCCAAAUAGUGACAUCACAGAUGGACUGUCAACAUCUGGAUCUUUUCCUUCAUCCGUGGCAACAGACAUACAAGGAAUAAACCAGGACUGUGGAAUGCUAGCUACACCAUUUUUUGAGAACUUUUCAGAUGUUAGUAGCUGCUCAGAUGCAGAUAACAUUGAAACAAAGCCCUCUUGUAAAUUUGUGACAAGUAGUUCAGUUCCAAAACCUAAAAUUGGCAUGGCUGGUAAACACCGCUCAUCCGAAUGGCUUUUCCCUCAUACUGAAAAUAUGACUAUCCCGGAUGACAGUCAGUAUCCUCAUAUGUCUGGAGCUAAUAACAAUGGGAAAAGCCCUUCAAACAUGAAGACAGUAGAACAAACGGUUCAGAAUGCACAUGACAAGAUCAGUAGUUUAGACAAAAUUAAAAAUCAUGCAUCAAAAGAUAAGCCCUCUCCUUUGGACAUGUCAAAUAAAGGAGGUGAGCCUGUAGAGGAUGGAAAUGAUAAUGAUUGUUGUCAAAAACUAAUGAAUGAAAUUGAGAAAAAACAAGAGGAAACGGCACACAUCCGGAUGAGUGCCAUUGAAAACACAACUCAUGGAAAUAAGGAUUACCCAGAUGGCAAAAUUGAAGAGCAGAUCCCAGCAAGUUCUUUAAGUAGCAUGACUGCUUCUGAAAAUGAAAAUGGAACAAAGCAAUCACUCUGCCAAGAAAAUGUGGGAUUGGACAAUACCCACCUCACAAAGGGACAAGAUAGAGACAUGGCAGAGAAGCAGCUACAUGAAAGUGAAGUCCCAAGGGAGGAAAGGAAAAAACCUGUUAGAUUGGAAACUGGGAUUUUUGAGGAGCAGACAUGCUCAAAUCCUAACUCCAAGGAUGGUCAAGAUGAAAACCAGGAGACCAACUGUGAGGACAAAGACAUCAAGUCAAAUACCUCCCAAUCUUUAGAUCUAGCAGACAUGGAGGUGCCUGAUUCUCAAGAUUUUACUCAUGAAGUGAGGAAAUGCACCAGUUAUUUGAAAAGCAAUACCAAAUCCUGUUUGCAGCAUUCUGAGCAUGAGUCUAACAGUAGAGCAGAGGAAAAUGAUUGUGGGAGCUGUACUGUAAUGGCAGAUAAUCAGUUUAGCCAUGUAAGUGAAAAGGUUGAGAAAUCAAUUGCAAGUCACACAGAAUUCUGCUCACAGUCAAGUAGCGCCAGCACAGAGGAAAGUGCUGCAGUGAGGACAAAUACUAAUACUCCUCUGGAUCCAGAUGACAAUAAUGCUGGUGUCACUUGUGACAGCCUAUCGGUUGAAAUUGGUGACAAAUUAAGAAAAGGUGAUUCUAAUAGCAUAGAUUUAGGUGUACAGAAAAACAACUCAAAAACAGACAUUGCUCCCUGUCUUGAAGAGGAAAGGACAAGUGCAACAGAGAAAACAAUUACAGCUGCUUGUCAUGAGCAUCAGUCUCUAGAUCACAUGCCAGUGGCACCUGCACCAGAAAGUCUUAUUGCAGAUGUUGCUGAAUCCUUGCAAGGGUUGGAUACAUCUACAAAAGAACCACCAGUGCUUGGAAUGUUGUAUGGUGAACCCCUGUCAAGAGAGGACUCGUCAUGUGACACCGAUGAAACAAAACUUGACAUCAGUCAGUAUGGAGACCCAGCUUUGGCCAGACUUGACGGUAACAACAUGAAUCAUUUUGAAGGACAAGUGCUUCAACUUAAAUCCUCUUCACAAAAGAGAAAACUGCAGCCUGUUGUAAUAUUGAAGACGUCAGAGUCACCCAAUGGAAAGGUUAACUCCUUUCAUUGUGCAAGUUGCCAGCACACAACCUACAAUGUGGAUCAUCUAAUAGAACACCACCAUUGUUGCCAUUCAGGGCAAGAUUUUCAGGUUUGCCAGACUUGCAACCUCUACCUGAUGACAAAUGAACAAGUAGAAAAGCACUCGUGUGGUGAAACUAAAAGCACAAGUGUUUCAGAUAACCCUGGGCUCUCCUCUGAUUCAAGUUUACAGAAGGACAGAAAAAAAGGCAUUCUCAAAUGCAAUAGGUGCCAACUAAAGUUUUCAAAACGACUUCAUUACAUUUCACACAUGCGCUCUCACACUGGCAAAACACCUUAUAAGUGUAAUGAAUGUGGAACAUAUUUUUCACAGUCAUGUACCCUACAAAGACACAGGCGAAGAAACUGCAGAUACAGGAUGCCACAAUUGCCAGUGAAAAGUUCAGAUGCAGUUAUCGGCACAACUAUAUCAUCAGCAUCAAAGACUUUGGCACAGGAGGAGCUAUCUGCAAAACUGCGCAAAUGUUUUGUAAAGCUUGUUGACAUUUACAAACACAAUCUGUGUAGAUUAUGUGGUAAAGCAUUCUCGACUCCACAGCAGGUCAGAAAACACUUCUUCAGCAAACACAGGAGGCAGAAAUUUGAAGUUUUGUCAAGUCUUUGUACCACAACACUCAAUGUUGAGAAAAGCCAAAUACAGAAGAGUGAGACUAGCAAGGACUUCAAAUGUCCUCUUUGCCCACGGCUUUUCAAGUAUACAUACAACAGGAAUCGACAUUUACGUCAAUGUGUCAAAGAUUCUGUAUUUGGUGGCAAGGGUAAAAUUGAUGGUAAAUUCCGAUGUCCCUUGUGCCACGCUACCUUCACUUUAUCAUCAAACCGGUACAGACAUAUAAAUUCAUUUUGCCUCAGAGACUAUCUCAGUCAGCUUUCAAAAGAGACUAUGUCGAGGCAAAAGGAGACUGAGCAGUCCAAUGCCAAAACACUGUCAAUGGAAAUUGAACAGAAGCCUGGUUACAAAUGUAGCCUUUGUCCAGCAUUUUUUUUUCAUCCUUCUGGAAAGUACAAGCACAUGAAGAAACAUGAAUUGUCUAAACUCACAGGCAAAGAUACCAAGUACAGAAAAUCUGUGUUUUCUACCAUGUCCAAACCAGCAAAUUCAAGUAGUCCAAAGAACGAAGACAAUAAAAAUGACUUGAAAUCAACUGAAACCAUGAGCAGUCUUGCCCUGAGCUGUAAUUUUUGUGGAAAAUCUUUCAGCUCAUUGCAGUCACUAAAGAAUCAUGAGCGCAUUCACAGAGGUGAAAGACCAUACCACUGUCUUGAAUGUGGAAAAAAAUUCAAAAAGCAUGCCUAUCUGAUCGGUCACAAAGCUGUUCACCAGAGAAGGAUACAGUGCACUGUCUGCAGAAAGAUUCUACCAACUAUUGGGGAACUGAUCCAACACAGAAGCACACAUAUUAAAAGAGGAAUGCUUAAAUGUCCAGACUGCACUAUGGAGUUCCAGUAUCCUGCACAUCUCCUGAAACAUCUACGCACCCACAAAAAACAAGAAGGAAAGACAACUCAGCUUGAAGAAAGAUCGCUGAUAAAACCACAGCUGUCCCAGGACUCCAUGAAAGAGAAGAGUCUUUCAAAACAGCUACAGUGCUCCUUAUGCAGAGAACUAUUUAAUGAUGCCAACCUGCUAAGAAAACAUUUCUUAAUACAUAUGUCCUCUUCAACCCAGUGUCCAUUGUGCAAGCGUAAUUUCAAUCAUCGCCGCUAUUUGCUGCGCCAUAUGGUCAUACAUACUGGUGACAAACCCUUUUCCUGCACAAACUGUGGGAAAGAGUUUUUCCAUAAAUUCACCCUUACAGUUCACCAUAAAACGUGUUUGCCAGCUCCAACCAGACUUCGUGUCUCAAUGGAUCCUUGCAGUAAAACAAAGGUAUCUCUUCAGUGUGACUAUUGUCCACGGGUGCUAAAAGACAAUUCCCGCCUGAUAAAACAUCACAGUGGCCACAAGACAGACUCUCUUGCUCCAUGCUCUAGAUGUGGGAAAUACUUUGAAUCAAGAAAAUUAACACGACAUAAGAACAAUUGUGAGAAUACUACAAAGACCAGUGCUGUCUUUUCCUCUCCAAGUAAAAGCAUCACACAGACAGUCCAGAAUGUCCAGAAAAGGCCUUUGCAGACCCGUGCAAACAAGAUGCUUCCCUUUAAGUGCUCCCACUGUGCACAGAUGUUCAGAUACAGAUCUUUACUCUUAAGACACCUUUACUCACAUACCGGUGUGCAACCCUUUUUAUGUUCACUCUGCGGCAAAGGAUUUCGAGGUCGUAAACCGUGCUCACUGCAUGAAGCUCUGUGUGAUGGCACUCGAGAUAAGGUGCGGUCUGAGACGAAAAGUGUUGCUGCAACAAAAUCAUUAAGCAUUCCUACUCUCAGAGAGACAGCACAGAAGCCCCAAGCAGAAGCAGAAGCUGAAACUGAAUUGAAGUGCAAAUUCUGCACAAAGACCUUCAUGAAACCACGAAACCUGAGACGUCACAUUUUGACACACAAUGACGUGAAACCAUAUCGCUGUAGAGCCUGCGACAGUUGCUAUUCAAGGUACGAUCAUCUGAAAGUGCAUCAGAGUCGUUGCAGAGGGAAAAAGCAGCGAUUGGAAGUCCGUAUUCCCAAAGUCAGCUUAAAUGAUAUUGGCAAGGGUUGGCAAAAUAAGUUUGGCAUUGUUUUGGCUGAAAAGCAGGAGACAUUUGAUUGCACAGUCUGUUCAAGGAGCUUCCCAACUCAGUCUAAACUUUCCCGACAUAACACUAUGUACCAUAUCACAAAAUUAUUCAAGUGCCCGAACUGUUGCACAGCUUUUUCUCAUGCAAAAACCUUGAAAAAGCAUCUGAAGAUGAGAAAAUGCAGAAAAGUCUCCAGAGCAAAACAAGUCUUAUUUUCACUGGGCACUAAUUCAUCCACUGAAAACUUGACAAUCCCCCCACUCGAGGUGCAGACUAGAGUUCUUAAGAGGUUCCAACCAUAUUUUGACAAAAGGAACAGACAUAUGUGUAGUUACUGUCCCCGGGCUUUUGCAUGCAUUUCGCAGUUAGACAUGCACACUCGCCUGCACACAGGAGAGAAGCCAUAUGCCUGUCUUUAUUGUGGUGAGAGAUUUAUAAGGAAGGAUUAUGUGAAGCGUCAUUACCCAAAGUGCAGCAAGAAACAUGGCCAAAAUAAAGUGCUUUGUGAUGGAUGUGGAGGGUUUUUCUCUCAUGUUAAACUUGAAAAUCACAAAAAACAUUGCUCUCUAAAGCCAACCUUUUCAGAGUCAACAGUUGGCCAAAGCAAACAGUCAACCUCUCACAGCCAACCAAAAGGCUUUUCCUGUGCAUAUUGUAAUUCCCGUUUUCUGCUAUUUUCACAGCUCCAAGAACAUUUUUUAAAUGCACACAAGAUGGAAACAAUAGUACCCCCAGUGUCUACUGCUCCCCUACAACAUCAUCUGUCAAAUAUUCCAAACAUCAAAGAAGAGCCUUUGGAUGAUAGUUAUGACAAAGGGUUAAGUGAUGGUGCUAAUGUUAUCUGUAAACUAGAUGCAGCUCUUGAUUUGGAGGUGUCCAACCAAUAUUCAUGCUCUGAGUGUGACAUGUCAUUUUCAUGUAAAAAUGGACUAAGUGCUCAUCAGCGUGUGCAUAAGACAGAGCUUCCUUUUAACUGUAAAAUAUGUAAAAGAGGGUUCUGGAAUAAAAACCUUCAUCGCAAUCACUACAGGAAAUGUAGAAUUGCACAUAUUUCAGGGAGUAAUUCCAUAAGGCAGCUGGAAGUCCCCGUGAAAGCAAAGAUGGAUUUUGCACCUGAUGACUCUGUUCUAGUGUUUAAAGAUUUCUCCAAAUCAACUGGCACUGGCGUUUUACAGACCCACUCCUCCUGUCAAGAAGACUUGAUAGAUGACUCCCAGAAAAAAUCAGAAGAAAACCAGGUUAAAGGCAACUCGGGUCAAGAUAAGAAAACUGUGCAGUACCAAUGUUCAGAGUGUGAUCAGAGCUUCUCAGAUGGCUUAAUGCUUAUCAGUCACCUCGAAGACCACGGAAGACAGGAGCAAGAGAAAAAGCGCAAUGCAUGUACUAAAUGUGGGAAGAUGUGCUCUAGUCAAGGAAAUCUCCAAAAACACAUGAGGAUCCAUCUUGGCACUACGAAGAAUUAUUCUUGCCCUGACUGCUCCAUGGCUCUUAACUCCCAGUCUGAGCUUGAAAUCCACAGAAAAUGUCACGACCCCAAUAGACGUUAUUCUUGCAAAUUAUGUAAUCAAAGAUUUUUGACGAGACAAUCUUUGUGUAGUCAUUACAAAGACGACCAUCCAGAGGAUGCAUACACUUGUCGUUUCUGUAACAAGGCCUAUGCAGCCAAAAAAUCAUUGGCAAGACAUUACAAAGCAUGGCAUCAAAAAGAGCUGAAGGAUCAUGAGAGUAAUGUACAGAACAAAAGCUGUAAUGAAAAACAACCCAGCAAUCAACUUAGCACACCUGCCGGAAGUGAUUUGGAUGAAAAUAACAGCUGUGAAGACGGUGACUCAGACUCUGCGCCAUACUUUCCGUGCCAUGUGUGCGGAAAGACUUUCCCAACAUCAGAAAGUCUUGAGGAUCAUCAGCGUUGUCACCUGGGUGAAAAACCACAUGAAUGCGCAGAGUGUGGUAGAUGUUUUUUUCAGGCAACCCAGUUGCAGCAACAUCAACGAAUGCACAAGUCUGAAUUUCAGUGUCAGUUAUGCGGCAGGGGUUUUGUAUCUCUCUUUGCAUUGCGUAAACACAAGCAUACCCAUGGAAAGAGCCGACCAUACCGUUGUUCCAAGUGUCACCUGAGCUUCACAGGACCCUCACAGUUGGCUGAACACAUGACCACCCAUCGUGAAGAAAGUUUCCCAUGUGACAUAUGCAAUCGUGUGUUUCCCUCCAAGAGCAGUAGAGCUGAGCAUCGAAAAAGCCAUUCUAAGUCAAGAGCGCUUCAAGUACCUUCAGUCUCAAGGGAAGAAAAAGAAAAGUCUGUGUCACUUGCUGAACUCAAAUACCGCUGUGGUGUCUGCAGUGAGCGUUUCAGAGACCCAGAGGAGCUUUCAGAGCAUGGUUGCAUUGCAGCCAAAGAGCGACAAUACUCUUGUUCAGAAUGCGACAGACAUUUUCUCCAUGCAUCACACCUGAAAAAGCACAGGGCCACCCAUAAAAUAUCAUGGUCUAGUUGUGAAUAUCCAUGUAAUCAAUGCAACAGCAGUUUUUCUUCAUCAAAGGACUUCCUUAGCCAUGCUAAGAGCCAUGUUAAUACUGCAGCAGAAAGUGAUCACAGCAUUGAAGUGAAAGAUGGCGGUCCACAUGGUUUCAUUUGUCCUGUGUGUCACCAGUGUUUUGCCAGUGCCACCGAAUUGAUUCAUCAUUUUCCCAUGCAUCCUGAUGGUACAUUUGAAUGCAAAAUUUGUAAAAUGUCUUUUACCUCUGAGAGUAAGCUAAAAGAGCAUGAGAGCAGUCAUCGGACAUCAGCCACUGGAUUUGAAUGCACAAAAUGUGACAAGAGCUUUUUGGAAAGCAAUGCUUUCCUCCAGCACCAAUGUUCCCAUCAGCAACAAAGAGGGAAGCAGACUAAUGACUCAAAUCCAUCCGCUAUGACAUCCACUAUGAACUACCAUCAAGCAGCAGGAGAGGAAGAGGAGGUUGAUGUCACCGGAGAGGAUGUACAUGAUUGCGUUGUUUGCUCAAUGCAAUUCUCCUCAAAGAGAAGUCUUUUGGAGCAUCAAAAUGAACAACACGCAGAAAACAAGCCGUUCAAAUGUGAGCUUUGUGGAAAAAGGUUUGCCCUGAGAAGGUACCUUAAACAGCACGAGCGAAGGCACAGUGAAAAGUUUACCACUCAAAGUAGUGAUAAGUGGGCAGAAAACAAACUCAAAUGUACCCAGUGCCGGAUUGAGUUCGAUUCAGCGGAGGAUCUAUCUUUGCAUAUGAGACUGCAUGCUGAAAAAGAAGGUGGAGAGUACCGCUGUGAUAUGUGCUACAAGUCUUUCAGCCAGGGUUCUUUACUUAAGCAGCACCAAGAGAGUCAUGUUGGCGAAGUUGUAUACGAAUGCACAGAAUGUGACAAAGCCUUUGCUUUCCCUCACUUAUUGGAGGAACAUCAACAGACUCAUGCCGGGUCCUCUCAGUAGAAAAUGGGUUGUUAUAUAUACCAUUUAUCUUGUGUUUCCUUUGAAACACAAGAAACUAAAGUUACUUGAAUUCUUUUUUCAUGCCUUACAUCUGAUAUCCAAUUUGUAUUUUUGGCCCUUAUAUACUUACAAGCUCUUGGCUCAUGUCAUUUUGACGGGGCAUAUUCUCCUAAGUUCCCUUUUACAUUGUGUAUAGUCAUAAGUUUUAAUAAGUUACUUUGUAUACAUUUAAGUAACCACAUGUUUUCUUGACAUUGUUUGUAAAUUGUGUAAAGUUGAUUGAUAUUCUGAAUCAAAGAUAUAUACAAACAUGAUUGGAUUUAAUGUUUAUAAAAUGUCUUUGAUAAAGACUCAAGUUUUUGAUCAAGCAUGGUCAUCUUUAUGUUUUACUUUUUUUUUUUUUUUUUUAUAGUUUUUAGUCCUUAUUUUUGACAAAUGUGAAAUUUCAAACGUCAGUUCUAUCUUCAUAUUUUUUAUGACUGCUCAUGGAUGGACUAAAGUUACUUGAGAAAUGUUCUGUUACAUUUUCUUCUGUUUUUUCCCCCCCUAUGAGUCAUGUUUUUGAUAUGAUCAUGUACAGAGGUUUGAGACAUUCAUACGGAAUUAUCCUUUCAUAAACUAACAGUGUAACUUUUUAGAGAAAUUUGGGUUGAUUGAUUCAAAUAUCGAGUAAAGUCUACUGAAAAU